UGUCGCAUCAGCACAUCACACAAAGUCUGGAUUUUGGAAUGGCCUCUUCGCAUCAUCAUCUUCUUCUUCCUCCCCUCUGUAUAUCUCUUUCAGCUCCACACCAUUUCCAUUCCAGUAGCCCAAGAAAAGCAUUUUUUUCCCAUUCCAAACACAAACAGGCUAUCCAAACCCAGAAGAAGCCAAUCAAAGUAAAUGCUAGUUUGCAAUCCAAGACUGUGAAUUUCUUGCUCUCUGGCUCUCUGGCUCUCGCUCUGUCUCUCUCAGGAGUUGGAUUUGCGGAGGGGAAGGUAGGGGUUAACAAGCCGGAAAUGCUUCCUAAGGAGUUUACUACUGUUAUUGAUGUUGCUGGAUUUCUCUCAGAUGGCCAGGAGAAAAGACUUGCACAGGAGAUUGCAGAUAUCGAAAAGGAUACUGGAUUCAAGUUGAGAGUUUUGGCUCAGAACUACCCUGAAACACCAGGAUUAGCAAUCAGGGAUUUCUGGAAAGUGGAUGACAGGACUAUAGUUUUCGUUGCUGAUCCUACUUUUGGCAACAUACUAAACUUCAAUGUUGGAGCGUCUGUGGAUCUAGACAUACCGCGUAGCUUCUGGAGCCGUUUGGCUGGGAAAUACGGGAACAUAUUUUAUUGGAAGGAAAAGGGUGAAGAUGCGUCUAUUGAAUCUGCUGUUAUGGCAAUAUCAGCCUGCUUGAGAGAACCAGUAGGUGCAAAUAAUUGCUCAGAGGUAAAGUAAUUCCAUGAUUUUGCAAUGCAUGUUAGGAUGUGAUGUAGAUUUUGUAGCUCGAUCUCCAUGUCAUUUGAAGCAAUAGUUAAUUAUUUUCUUCAAACUUAAACGAGAAAUGUUUAACUCAAAAUUCUUUCUUCUCAACCUCUAUUGUAAGAAGGAUUUACAAAUCCUUAGACUAUUGUAAAAGACUUAUCAACCAGGGGUAUUCGUCGAGGUUGGUAGUGGUGCCAACGUAACCAAAGAACAAGAGGACCAAAAUAGUGGAUUUUCGAAUUGUAUUGAAUAAAAUCCUUUCUUCUUAGGUGGUGGAUUAGCAUUGCCAAACCACUAUAAAAUCUGGGUUCAUACUUUCCCUAUC